CUCUCAGGCGAUUCCGUCAUAAACCGAUCUUUGCUGAUUGACCUGAUGCAUAUCGGAACUCUUCUGUAAUUGAAGAUACACAAAGUAGCAGAAGAAGAAAAAGAGGUUAAAAUACCAUUUAAAAAUGAGAUAUGGCUACAUGGGGGCCGCCUCAGCCCAGAAAAAAUAUAAGGAAAUCAAAGAGAUCCGUCAAGCUAUACAUUACAAGCUAUACAGAUGAAUUUGACUCGGAGAGAGAAUACUUGAGCCAGGAGGUCUUGCCAGAGUUAAAGUCAUGGUGUGAAAGUAAAGAAUUGACAUUAAAGGAAAGAUUCGUUAAAUGGGGAUCCAAAACACCACAGAGUCGACAUGUGGAUGAACUGGAAAAAACUCAGACCAGCAUUGAGAACUGUUACCAUAGCAGCAUAAUGCCUAUCUUUAUUAACAUUACUUGUGAGUCGGUUGGUUGGAUUCCUAUGUGGGAGGAGUAUCCAGAUGAAGACGUGGAGGAUUUUUUAGAGACCUAUGGAUUGUUAGUGGAGGAUCUAGAAGUAAUGAAGGCAGCAUACAGACAGGACAACAUGAACUCUCUAUUUUUGAUCAGAGAUGACACAUUCCUUUGCCAGAUUCCAGAACCUGAUGCCAGUUACUUCCUGAAGAAAAGUACGGCAUCAGAGAAGCUCAAAUUAUUUGGAGACAAGAUCUCGGAAAAAAUACCAGCAAAGAGAAUUGUUAAAUACUCUGCUACAUAUUGUGAUGUCUCCAGAAAUACUGCUAGAAAACCUCAACUCAACUUCAGUUCUUCCUUUAAAAAAACAAUCAUAGAUUUCUGCAAACAAAGGAUCUCCUUUGAUUUUUUCGGUGAACAGCCUCGUCUUUCUUUAUCUGAUGAUAUUCCCACCAAACUGGAACAUUUAGAGUACAUGAAAACCAAAAGUGAAGAUGUCAUUGGAAGAGAAGACAUUCUCAAAAAAAUCGAGGAUUACAUCCAAAUUGAGGAUAAGGAUGUCCCAAUGCUGGUACUAGGAGAAGCUGGAUCUGGGAAAUCAUCAAUUCUCUGUAAAGCUGCUUCCUCUAUUUACAAUAAAGUUCAGGACGAAGAGUUCCCUGGGCCUAAUGGACAUAGAUGGAAUGUGUUCUUUCAUUUCACGGGGUCAGUACCUGGUUCCAGCUGUCUGGAAUCCAUGUUAAAAAGACUCCUAGUGGAAAUGGAAGUUUUAAAUGACAAUAACAUUCCUCGCGGAGUAGAUGCCACUGCUCAGAUGUGUUGUAGUCUUCUAUCCAAUCCCAACACAAAACCAAUGAUAUUAUUUAUUGAUGCUCUCCAUCAGUUUGCAGAUGAUCAAGCAGCUAGGGUGAUGUCGUGGUUACCAAGGAAACUGGCUCCACAGGUUCGGUGCAUAUUCUCCAUUCUUACGGAUUCUUUUCAACACACAACUUUGGUCAACAGGGAAACCAAACCUAUUGAGUAUGUGGUGCCAUGCUUACACCUUGAUUCUAGAAAGAAAAUUGUAACAAAAUUGCUUGGAAAAUAUGGGAAAACAAUUUCUGAAAGGCAGUUGGAAAAAAUCAUGACAAAAGAAUCCUCUUGUAAUCCACUUUGGCUGACUGUGUUUUGUGAAGAGUUAAGGCCUCUAGAAAAUGGAAAUGAAAUUGACAAUAAAAUUGAUUCAACACCAGAGGGACUGCUAAACUUGAUGGAUGCUGUGUUGAAGAGAUUUGAGGGUUCCCCAGAUCGUGAUUUAUCCAUUGCCACCAUAUGCCUUCUAGAAGCUUCAUCAUCAGGUCUGCUGGAACCAGAACUGAGGCAGUUGUUGGGGAACACCACCACUCUAAUGCCACCUUCAGAGUUUGAUGAAAAGGAGGAAAAAGAAUCUUCUGAGAAGGAAAUCUGUAAACAAAAUCUACCUCUUUCUGAUGAUCUGUGGAAUGUGGUAUAUUCUCAGCUGCAGCCAUUUCUCACACCUUCUGGUAAAACUCGCCAGGGCAGACUUAAUUUGUAUCACCAGGCCCUCCAUCAUGCCGUAAAAAAUAGGUACUUUAAGCAAGUAGAAGAUCAGGGAGGAACAGGCGGAGAGGAGGAUAAUUACUAUUGGUGGCAUAAAAUGCUGGCCAGUUAUUUUGAGAAUUCAGACAACUUAGAUAGAUAUAUAGAGGAAUAUUUGUACCAGUUAGUAUGUCUAGAAGACAGUUAUAGACUUAGUGACUGUUUGUGUGAUUGGAAAGUGUUUGAUGCCUUGUAUAAUGAGGAAUAUAGUUCUAAAUUGUUGGAAUAUUGGAGAAAGGUUGGAAAAGCCACAGAAAUGAUAACAAUGUAUGACAGAGCUUUAAAGAAGUUUGAAGAGGAUGAAAGUGUUGAUGAGGAAGCCAUUUCAAUCAGAUAUGAAAAAGUUUGCAGAGUUGUGAUACAAGCAGGUAAAUAUCAAGAGGCUCUGGAACUGUUAAAAACAGCCCUUAAAAUAGAGGAGAAGGAACUAGGAGCAAGACCCCACAGGAUGGUGGAACUUUAUGCCCUAAUGGCGGAAAUCUAUGAUGAGAAACUGAAACUGAAUGACUUUGUCAGUCCCAGUCAAAUUCCAGACCUUAGAAUGACAAUUUACUAUGGAAAGAAGUCUAUAGCACUCAGGAAAACCCUAGCAGGAAACUACCACAAGUUUAAGCUAGGUAUGAGUUUUAUGAAGCUGGCCUUUAACAUGGAGAGCUGGGAAGCCUGUGGAGGGGGCAGUGAGCUAUCUGGAGAACAGGCCUUAGAAGUGGGAAAUAAAUAUAUCGACAAAGCAUUGGAAAUAUUUGAGGAGCUAAAUGACAUGGGACACUAUGCAGAAGCUCAGAUGACAAAAGGUGUGCUGGCACCACGGGGUAGUAUGGAGCAAUUAAAGUUAUAUAACACUGCUAAAGAUCUAUGCAUGCAGAUGUAUGGGGAGUACCACAUUCUGACAUCAAGACUGUAUAUCAACAUUGGAAUUGUAUAUGAGGACAAUAAUGAUUAUAAAAAAGCUUAUGAGUACUUCAAAAAAUGGGCGAGGGUGAGUGAACAAAUAUUAGGGCCAGAUCAUCCAAAAACUCAGCGUGCCAAAGGUGUUUUAAGAGAAACGAGAUACAGAAGGAUAGCCAAGAGUCUGGGAGAACUAGAGGACGGGGACUUGUUGGACAAUACAGAAAUGGACUCCAAUGACGAUACCGAUGAAAACCCAGAGGAACAAGAUAGAGACGUUGAGAAUUUUCAGUCCACACAUUCAGACUUGGAGAGAUAUUGUGAAGACGGACCAGGUAUUGAUUUAAACGAGGGCUCCACAUUGAAUCACAGUGAAAGUAGUGCUAGUAUAGGGAGAGAUGUCAGUAAUGAUAACAAUAAUUCCCAAGCUAAUCUAGAUAGAUGUGCAGAGGAAAAUUCCCAGGCAUUAAUGAAUGGUUACUCCUCAGAGUUAACAGCUAAUUCAAGUAGUGACAAUGACAGUAGUGAAGAUGUACAUGAUGAUCAGUCAGAACUCUAUGCAGAGGAUUAUGUAUUUAAUUCUGUCAGUGACCCAGUGAUAGACGAUUUCAACGUUAACUUAGAGGACAGUGAGGAGGAUGAAGAUGAAAUCGUUCAGCUUGCAACACAAGAGUUAAAUUUUCCUGAUGUAGAACAGCAUAUUGAGAAUGAUAACAGAUAUGAAGAUUUGAGGGAGGGUCAUGAAAGCAGUGACCAAGAGGGGGAGGACACUGUAGUUGACUCAAACAGACAGGUUACUGGGGAUAGAAACUGAAGAUCAUGCAAAGGUGCAAGUACAUACUUAAAUGUGCAUUUCUGUGCUAAAUAUUUAUUUUGAUUCAAUGUAAAAUUUUCUACUAUUUUUCUUAAAUUUCAAAAAAUGUUGAAUAUCUUUUUAAGAUUUUAAAAAUCUGUUUGAUAUUAAGUAGUCAAUCUUUCUCCAUCUUG